AUCCAUUUUUUUCUGCUCAGGGCACUGUGCAUGGAACUGCUCCUGCUAUGCUCUGACUAGAUGAAGGUGGGCUUCCUGAAAUGCCUUCUCCGAAUGGAAUAAACAGCUCCUAUCCCGCACUUUACAGCUCUCGCAGUAAUGCUGACAGAAAUAGUUGACAAGUCUUCCCAUGUGGAUGCUUUUUCUCAGUCUCAGCUGACUGUUCAAGAGAGGGAUCAUCUGGGCUCUAACAGAGUUUUCCAUCAGAGAGUCAGUUGUGGUGUCCUUUCCCUCCCACAUCUGGAAGGUCAAGUGAAGCAUGGUCUGGCUGCAGACACUUCAAACCCUCCCCCCUUUGAGAGCAGCCUGCCUCAAAUAGCAAAUAAGAGCUUGCAGAGUGUCCUCCCCUCUCUUCAGGAAAAUGGAACUCAAGGCAAUUUUCCCCAAUUUAACCUUCCAGACAGUCUUCCUGAGAGUGAUACCAGAGUCCAUACAAAACCAUCUGAACUGGAGAACACCAGCAUUGGGGUCAAACUGCCUAUGACAGCUUCAGAAGCCUUGAAAAAUUUUAGAAACCAGUUAACAGUCUAUGAGCAAAAAGAAAUUUUCAAUUAUACAGAGCUCUGGUUUCUUGGCCUGGAAGCUAAAAAGAUUGAAGGUUUGCCUGAAACCCAGAAUAAUAAUUGUUAUGAUGAUGAGCAUGGUUCCUACUUAAAGGUUUUACAUGACCACAUUGCCUACCGCUACGAAGUCUUGGAGGUCAUUGGGAAAGGGUCGUUUGGGCAGGUGGCCAAAUGUCUGGAUCACAAAACCAAUGAGUUAGUGGCAUUGAAAAUAAUAAGGAAUAAGAAAAGAUUUCACAGCCAGGCUUUGGUAGAAGUGAAGAUCCUUGAUGCUCUGCUGAAGAAAGACAAAGAUGACACUCACAAUAUCAUCCACAUGAAGGAAUACUUCUACUUUCGCAAUCACUUCUGUAUCUCCUUUGAACUGCUGGGAAUAAAUUUGUAUGAGCUGAUCAAAAAGAACAAUUUCCAAGGCUUCAGUCUGUCUUUGAUUCGCCACUUCACUCGCUGUGUGCUGAGGUGUUUACAAGUGCUCUACCAGGAAAGAAUCAUUCACUGUGAUCUGAAGCCUGAGAACAUACUAUUAUACCACAAUGGGCAAGGUUCGGUCAAAGUUAUUGAUUUUGGAUCAAGCUGCUAUGAAGACCAAAGAGUGUACACCUAUGUUCAGAGCCGCUUUUAUCGCUCCCCUGAGGUGAUUCUUGGUCAUCCUUAUGCUAUGGCUGUUGAUAUGUGGAGCUUAGGCUGUAUCAUAGCAGAGCUUUACACAGGCUACCCACUGUUCCCAGGGGAAAAUGAAGCUGAUCAACUUGCCUGCAUCAUGGAGGUAUUGGGUCUUCCACCAGCUGAUUUUAUCCAGGCUGCAUCAAGGAGGAGAACGUUCUUUGAUUCCAAGGGUUUUCCUAAAUCCAUAACUAACAGCAAGGGGAAAAAGAGAUGCCCAGACUCCAAGGAUCUAAGCACAGUGCUGAACACUCAUGAUGCUGGUUUCUUGGACUUUUUGAAAGGAUGCUUAAUGUGGGAGCCUUCUCUGCGCAUGACUCCCGAUGAAGCGAUGAAACACGCGUGGAUCCAGGAGCCAAAAAUAUUCCGGAAAACACAGGCUCCAAGGAAGAUGAGUGAUGGCUCGUUCUCUGCUCUGGAAAAUAGAAGAGAGACCAUUCAGAAUCUCUGGAAAAAUGCAGCUGACAAAGUGAGAAGUGAAUUGGCUGACAGACUGACUCCCUUCACAGGCACAGCAGAAAGUGAUGUGCAGAACACAAGGAAGCAUGCUAUUCCAGACAAAUAUUUUGAAAACCACAUGGAAAAGCCUAUUAAAUACGAUCAAGCAGAAGACAGUGGCGAAAGAGCUCUUCCAAAAACUUCUCUUUUUUUCCCACCAAUUAAGUAACAAAGAGCACAAGCUAUGAUUGGCUCGGUUGCAUACCUAGUAUAUUUUGUAGGUAUUAAUUGUACUCAGGAAUAUAAGCUAUAUCUGUCUGUUCAUGGGCUGUGCACAUUGUAAGUAUAUUUAAUGUUCUUUUUACCCUGAAAUCAUCUAGUCAACCAAAACGGAAUUUGAGAACCAUUCAUUUUCCUCAUCUACAUCCUUGUGAUCAGAGAUUCUUCACAACCAGCAGCAAUAAAAUGGAGACUGUAGAGGUGGAGA